UAUAAACCCCUCGACCCAAACUACCACGAGAGGGGCAGGGACAGAGGAGAGCAAGCAAGCGAGAGCAGCAGCACGUUGACAUCACACACACAGCGCACAGAGAGCGCGGAGCUAGCUGCUCUGCCUCAACUCGGCUGCGCGCGCGGAGCAGCCGCAAGAACACGCUCGUGCAAGCAAGAUGAUGCUCGCGUACAUGGACCGCGCCGCAUCGGCUGCCGAGCCGGAGGAUGCCGGCGAGCCGGUCGUGGCGGAGGAUGUGGCCGGGUGCGCAGCGGCGAGGGACUUCGGCGGGCUGGUGAGCGUCCGGCCCGCCGCCGUGGUCCGCCCGGCGAGCGCGGACGACGUGGCCAACGCCAUCCGCGCGGCCGCGCUCACAGCGCACCUGACCGUAGCCGCCCGCGGGAACGGGCACUCGGUAGCCGGUCAGGCCAUGGCCGAGGGCGGGCUCGUCCUCGACAUGCGCGCGCUCGCGGUCCCCCGCCGCAUGCAGCUCGUACGGCCCCCCGGCGGUGGCGGCGCCGCCUUCGCCGAUGUCCCGGGCGGCGCGCUCUGGGAGGAGGUGCUCCACUGGGGCGUCAAGAAUCACGGCCUCGCCCCGGCGUCCUGGACGGACUACCUCAGGCUCACUGUCGGUGGCACGCUCUCCAAUGGCGGCGUGAGCGGGCAGUCCUUCCGCUACGGUCCCCAGGUGUCGAACGUGGCCGAGCUCGAGGUCAUCACCGGCGACGGCGAGUGCCGCGUCUGCUCCCCCUCCUCCCAGUCGGACCUCUUCUUCGCCGUCCUCGGCGGGCUCGGCCAGUUCGGCGUCAUCACGCGCGCCCGCAUCCCCCUCCACCAAGCGCCCCAAACGGUGAAGUGGAGGCGGGUGGUGUACGCGAGCUUCGCAGACUACACGGCGGACGCGGAGUGGCUGGUGACUCGGACCCCGGACGCGGCGUUCGACUACUUGGAGGGCUUCGCGUUCGUGAACAGCGACGACCCGGUCAACGGCUGGCCGUCGGUGCCCAUCCCCGGCGGCGCCCGCUUCGACCCGUCCCUCCUCCCCGCCGGCGCCGGCCCUGUCCUCUACUGCCUGGAGGUGGCCCUGUACCAGUACCCGCACCAGCACCGGCCCGACGACGAGGACAAGGUAGGUACCAAUUGCCGCGCGGCGCCAGGGGGGAUGAUGGAGACGCUCAAGUACGUGCGGGGCCUGGAGUUCGCGGCGGACAUCGGGUACGUGGAGUUCCUGUCGCGCGUGAACCGGGCGGAGGAGGAGGCCCGCCGGAACGGCAGCUGGGCCGCGCCGCACCCGUGGCUCAACCUCUUCGUCUCCGCGCGCGACAUCGCUGACUUCGACCGCGCCGUGCUCAAGGGCAUGCUCGCCGACGGCAUCGACGGGCCCAUGCUCGUGUACCCCAUGCUCAAGAGCAAGUGGGAUCCGAAAACGUCGGUGGCGCUCCCGGAGGGCGAGAUCUUCUACCUGGUUGCGCUGCUUCGAUUCUGCCGGCCCUACCCGGGUGGUGGCCCGGCGGUGGACGACCUGGUGGCACAGAACAACGCGAUCCUGGACGCCUGCGGCUCCAACGGCUACGACUUCAAGGCGUACUUCCCGCACUACCGCGCCGAGUCCGACUGGGCGCGCCACUUCGGCGCCGCCAAGUGGAAGCUGUUUGCCGACCGCAAGGCCCGGUACGACCCGCUCGCCAUCCUCGCCCCGGGCCAGAAGAUCUUCCCCAGAGCCCUUUCCGUCGCCGCCCCCGUGAUCGUGUAGGGAGGAGACUGAACUGAAUUAUGAGUCUGCUCUUAUUGCUGUUGGUGCUAAUGAUGGUGAUUAAGCUGCUGAUCCUGGUGAUGAUGAACGAGGCGCAGAUCGUGACCAGGACAAUGAUGGUGAGAGGGCCACAGGUAGGUACAUUUGUGCGGGGACUGGGCAAAGGGGGAUGGAGAUGGAACCCCUUGGAGGUCAAUCGGGGCGGUGCGACGCCGGAGGAUCGAACUCUGGUGGGCUCGGCCACAUCCAGUGACUUUGCCAUCGAGCUCCAUGCCUGUUUGCAGCGGCCAAUGCUUUUUUCUCCAAAUCUUGUGGACUAGUAUAAUACGUUGGCACGAUCGACACCAUUUCUUUC